AUGGGCACCGACGUACUAGUAUUUGAGGAGGACGAAGAAGAACUCCCAGAGGGCUUUACUCCGGGACAGCCAGUCACGGAGGCUUUGAUCAAGGAGCUCAGCAUAGAGAGACUUGGCGGGUUUUUCACAACCCUUGAGAACGUCCGGAACGAAAGCCCCGAGCGAUUGAUUGCUGCCCGAGAUCCUAAAGCUGUGGCUACUUGGCGAGAUGGAAUUAACGAGUUGACCUCGAUCGGCAAGAUGUUUCGUGACAGCAAAGCAGAACAGCGGUUCCAACAAGCUCUUUCAACUGCAGGUAGUGAUGGAGAAUUGUCUGCCUUGGAUUACAAGCCGAGUCGAGCUGAGAUUGAAGCUGCUCUCGCGCACCCAGAUGCGCCCGUCAUCCAGGGUUGCCAGCCACAGGAGUUUUUCGCCGAAUGCGAUCUUCUCAAGAAAUCUAUUUACAUAGAUUCCCUGGCAAAGGAAAAAUACACUGCUCAAGUGCAGCCGGCUGUGUCCCGAAACGAAGUCAUCUUCGCUGAGUGGGAUCGAGCGGAUGCAGUAGCCUCCAUACACAAACACAACCAGCAGCAAAGGCCCGAGGAACAAGAACAAGAGAGCGCGGAGGCUGCUAGCCGCCGACGUCUUAAGAUCUACCAAGCUGUGGAGAGAAAUAUUAUCGAGGGCCGGCGCCUUGCGGUCAAAAUCAAUCGCGAGGCGACCGCCGCUUUUCAGAUGUGCGAGUACUUGGACGAGGUCUACGAGACCAUGAGGGAACAAAUCCUCCAUCGUGCCAAAGAAUGUGGCCAUGAGCCCACUGACAACCUACAACAAGCCAUCGAGCUCAUCCGAAGAACGCAGCGGGAAGAACAGAUCACCUACCUCAAGUAUGAGAACUUCGAGUCUGCGGAUAUCGAGAGUCCCGAGUCCGUGGUGGCUGCUCGCUAUGGCCGCGAUUAUCAAGAAAUCGCCGGUAACCAUGUCGACAUGGCCGUUGAUGAGUUCUUUUGA